UCGCCAAGCAACGGCGGCGGAGCUCGGAGCGAGCGGGUAUGUUUGUGAACCCCAGCACCUGUUAAACGCUAAAAACGAAGGGAUUUUAUACGGCCGGGAUACUUUUGGUUGACUUUCCGAGGAAACGGGCACUUCUUUAUCAAACUCCAUGAACACGGCGUUCAUCGAAAAGCAACUUUUUCUGUCUUUUUUGGGCCCGGCUGUUUGAGCGCGGUGGCUCGUCGUGUGAGGGAGACCCGAGGCAAACCUGUAUGAAAUGUUACUGUAGCUUCAAGCUGAGCGUCUAAAUGUUCCUCUUUGGGCUUUUUUGCAGCUUUCCUGGAGUAAAGCGGUGACGUGUUGCUCCCGGAGACACCGGAGACGCUGUCCGGUCUACUUGACCCUCUUUCUAAAUUUCAGAGCGGACGACGGCGAAGCGGAGAGGGCAGCGUUUAAACCAACAGUAGCCUCCCCGCGUGACAGGUCAACAGCGGCGCCGUUUACUCCGCGAGCCUCACCGUUUAACACAAUAAAGCUACGUUUUGGCGCGUGAUAAAAGUGGAAUGUUUUUCAUCUCGAAACUUUUCUCCGCCGCUCGCGCUCUCGUCCUCGCGUAACCCGAUCCUCCUCAUAUGCGUGCUGCCGUGAACGCGAGCGGAUCGCCGGCAUGAGGAGCGGCGUCGCCGGUGCCUCGCGUGCGCCCGCGGGACGAUGAGUGCGGAUCUGGAGCUCGAGCUGGAGCGCGUGUCGCUCGGCUCCUCGUCGGCCGCGUCGUUGUCCGGCAGCGCACGCUCCCUCUCGGCGAACGUGCGGCGCCUGCACCGCGCGCUCAACGUCCUGCUGAGCGACGCCGAGCGCGAGCAGUUCGUGCACUGCCUGAACGCGUACCACGCGCGGCGCAAUGUCUACGAUCUCGUGCAGACGCUGCGCGUGAUCCUGAACGUGCCGAGCAAGCGGCAGCUGCUGCCUAUGCUGCGCCUGGUCAUCCCGCGGUCAGACCAGCUGCUUUUCGACCAGUACACGAGUGAGGGGCUCUACAUCAAGGCCGACUCGCUCGCGAGCAACGGGGACCCUGAGACACUGGCGCGAGCGCCAAUCGAGGAUGACGCGAGGAGCAGCAGUAGCACCACAACCACCACCACCACCGGCGGCGGAGGGAGCACGGCGGCACUCGUGCCACUACUGGGCCCCCAUUUCGUGCCGGACACUCCAGGCGAGGUCCGGCGCGUGACCCUGAAACGCCACAAGAGCCAGGAGGGCUUAGGCUUCAGCAUCCGCGGGGGCUCCGAGCACGGGGUGGGCAUCUACGUGUCACUGGUAGAGCCUGGCUCGCUGGCCGAGAAGGAGGGGCUGAGGGUGGGGGACCAGAUCCUGAAGGUCAACGAGAAGGUGUUCGACGCGUUCACGCACGCGGAAGCGGUGAAGGUGCUGAAGGGCAACAAGAAGCUGUCCAUGUCUGUGCGUUCUGUUGGGCGUAUACCGGGCGGUUAUGUCACAAAUCAUGUGUACACCUGGGUGGACCCUCAGGGCCGCAGCGUGUCUCCUCCUCCAGACCUGAUGGAGCACCGUAGUGCCACUCUGCGACGGAGCGACAGCCAGCGCCGCAGCCACAUGCAGCUGCUGCAGGAGGGUGACGAGAAGAAGGUGAAUCUGGUGCUGGAUGAUGGACGUUCUCUGGGUUUGAUGAUCCGGGGCGGGGCUGAGUAUGCCCUGGGUAUUUACAUCACUGGAGUGGACCGAGGCUCUGCAGCCGAGUCUGGAGGACUGAAGGUGGGCGAUCAGAUCCUGGAGGUGAAUGGGCGGACCUUCCUAAGCAUUCCUCACGAUGAGGCCGUGCGCGUCCUCAAGUCCUCCCGACACCUGAUGAUGACCGUGAAGGACGUGGGCCGGUUGCCACAUGCUCGCACGGUGGUGGGAGAGACCAAGUGGAUCGCCAGCUCCCAGAUCACAGAGAGCUCGUCCAGCAGCAGCGUGGCAGGACUCUCUCUGGAUCAUGGGGCUUCAGCCUCGGGAAAGGCGGCUUUUUAUAAAGGAGUAGCAGGUUCUCAGGUGACUCUCUCCAGUCUGGUGAACCAAAGCAGGGCCAUGCUGGACGAACAGGCCAGACACCUGCUCACUGAGCCUGAGAGACAGACAAUGAGCUAUUACAUCCAGGAGUACCGUGAUGGACACAUUGGAGUUGAACAGCUGGUCAUGGCUCUGUUUGAGCUGCUAAAUACUCACGCCAAGUUCUCAUUGCUGUCAGAGAUGCGGGGGCUAGUGAGUCCACAGGAUUUGGAGCGGUUUGAUGCACUGGUGCUGAGGAGGGAGAUUGAGGCGCUGAAGGCUCGGCAGGGAGCAGCAGGAGCGGCAGCACUUCACCCAGACUCCUUCUCCAUGGUCUCCUACCCUGACACACUGGCCUCCUCAGCCAGCUACAUGACCAACACUACACUGAGCUCUGCACGGGAGAGACUGCUGUGGUUGAUUGAUAUGAUGGAGAAUGACAGUGUGGUGGAGAGUAAUGGGGAGGAUGUUCAGGACGGUGGGAACGCCUUGCCAGACGUCUCUCUGGAUGAUAUGGGGUCAACAUCAGACUCCCCUCCCUCUUUUAAACCCCCUCCUCCCCCAGUCAUUCAGCGCCGUCCCAGCCGCACGUCAGGUCCCAGCAAACGCCCCUCUUCCGGCUCUUCCCAGUCUGGCCUGUACUUUACCGCUCCAUCACACACACCAAUCAAAGACACCAAACACUCCAAACACCCCACCUCGCCCUCCAAUGCCCCAAAGAAGGACGUCUCUGUGACCCAGCUUUCUAUGGUCAAUCAGCAUCCUAUUGGCCCUUUCCCACGGGUUCAGUCCCCCAAUAGGACCAAACCUUCAGCUGUGCCCCCGAAUCCCCCUCCAGCUCCAGCAGUCUCAGCUCCCUCUGCCCCCCCACCACUCUCUAGCCCAGAAAAACCCACCCCCUCCUCUCCAGCCUCCAACCAGCACUUUGUCAUGGUGGAGGUGCACAGGCCCAAUGCAGAGCCUGAUGUGAACGAAGUCCGCCCGCUGCCCCAGGCCAGAGGUGAGGAACAUGAGCCCCAAGGAGCUGCUCUGUCCCAGUUGUCUGACAGUGGGCAGACGCUGAGUGAGGAUAGCGGAGUGGACAUUGCGGAGUCUGGACGCCUCAGCAAGGAGAGCAGCCCUCGUCCUGCCCGAACACGACCUCCGAGAGAGAGUGCAGGGGGAGGGGAGGGGAGCACCGUGAAACCGCCCGGUCUUCUGGAGCCCACGUCGACUCUGGUGAGGGUGCCGAAGAGUUCCAGUACGCUGGGCAUUGCCAUAGAGGGAGGGGCCAAUACACGGCAACCCUUGCCACGCAUAGUCACCAUCCAGAGAGGUGGCUCAGCCCAUAACUGUGGUCAGCUGAAGGUGGGGCAGGUGAUUCUGGAGGUGAAUGGGAUCUCUCUGAGGGGACGCGAGCAUCGCGAGGCCGCUCGCCUCAUUGCUGAGGCCUUCAAGACCAAAGAGAAGGACCACAUCGACUUCCUCAUCACAGAGUUUAACGUGGCACUAUAGGACCGAGCAAAAGCUACAGAGGAGGCGGGGUUUUUUUUUUGUAGAAACCAGAGGACAACAGAGGCUUCACUGGCAUGAUGCCAGCACCAGUCCCCAGCCUACUGCUCCUCUGUUAUCAAAAAAUGCCCAAAAGCAGAGCAGCUCUCAGUGUAGAAACUGCAUUAUAAACAUCAGCGUUUCUAGCCCUACUCCUGCGGUCACUUGGUUACCUCCCCCAGUCGUGACUGAGAGUGUUUGGACUGGAUCAGACAGAGUAGUGUUACAGACUGCUUGUCCUUCUCACCUGACUCCAGUAGUGCUACAGACUGUUCAUCCCAGUCAUAAACAGGACUUUGGCCUGUCCAGUGUUUUGAUUUUCAGUUCUGUCCGUGUUGCAACAUCCGGUCAAGUCAGUCCUCAUAUGGGAGUCUUACCAUUACAUUACGUUUGGCUCAGUUUUUCUAUUUCUUUUAUAAAAGGAUAUGUGCAAAUGAACAAAUACAGACAUGUAUGUGAAACUAAGGAGAAUCACAAUGCACACAUUUAUGAACUAUGAUAUAUAGUGGCACCUGCUGUGGGCAAAAAACAGGAAAAAUACAGCUGCUUGGCUCCUCA